AUGUCCUUGUUGAUUUCUUGUUACUACAAAUCUGCAGUUGUGCUUUGUACCCUUGAUAGCACAGCUAUCCUUAUUCUUGACUCUGUGGUCACCUCAAAGCUGACUGCUGGAGACCUUCUUCAUGCAAAACAAGUCAAACAUACAGCGGCCGUGGAGGGAGCCAGCACCAGCUUCCUGAAGGAGCUGGUGAGCAGAUGGCUGCACCUGCACUUCAGGGAUGAGGACAUCAGAGUCAGUGGGCAUGCCCGGCUGCUGCUGAAGAUCUCUGUUGUGGAAGUGGCUGUCCAUGGGAUGCAGCAGGCCCAGGGAGAAGACGCAGCUCUGUUGGGUGUGGACCAGGUACUGGAGAAUGUGCUUCCUCAGUUGCUCCUGGACUUUUAG